AUGAAAUCCGCUCGCCUAUUUAUUGCCUCACUUGGCAACCCAUCACCCCACCUCACAACCCGACACUCAGCCGGCCAUGUCCUCCUCCGAGCUCUACAAUCUCACCUCAAUCUCCCCUCCCUCAAGAAAUCAAAAUCCUUCGCCGGCGGCCUCGUGUCCCUCGGCGCCGACGUGGGCAGACCCGAAUUAACACUCUGGCACUCGCCCAGCCUGAUGAACAUUUCCGGCGUUGCGCUUCUCAAAGCAUAUAAACAAUUCCUCUCCAACGCCACUCCGGCGGAAGGUAUACCGGGCUUGGUGAUCCUCCACGAUGAAAUGGAGACUGCACCUGGACGACUGAAGGUGCGGCACGGGGCCACGAGCGCGAGAGGGCAUAAUGGGAUUAAGUCUGUGCAGCAGAGUUUGCUGUCUGCGGGGCUGAUGGGCGGGCUGGCUGAUGGGGCGAGUUUUGUCAAGGUAGGCAUUGGGAUUGGGAGGCCGGCGGGGGGAACAAGGGAGAGGGAUGAGGUUUCUGAUUAUGUCUUGGGGCAGUUGAGGGGGGAGGAGAAG